AUGGCUAAGGAAAAGCCCGAGGAGGAUUUGGAAGAAGGUUUAGAUUCAGUUUAUGAAUCAAGCAAGGACAGCCUCAGUUUCUCUGAUGCAGUGGACCGUUUAUGGCACUCUCCAUUGAAUCCUUUUGAUUCUAACGGGGCCUCUUAUGAUGAUGAAUAUAGCUACUCGGAUGUCUCUGAUCUUGAGAUGGGUGGGGCAUCGGAUCGGCAGAGGAACUCUGUUUCAGAGUACGCAGAUGUGGAUUUGGAGAGGCUGGAGCCGAAACUGCAAGGGGCCUUCUGGUUUGCUUUUGAUUCUAACCUGUUCAUGCAUAAUUUGAUUGGCGGAAUGCAGGGCCUAAAGCUUGAGAGAUGCAUAAACUCCACAACCUGCCUUCCAAGGGCACCAGUGACGGUGAAGGUGAAAAGGAGGAUCAGCGCCACCGUAUACCUUGACAACGCUGCUUGCCGGAGCUUCAUCUACAAGAAGUUCAUCGUGACUCCGGUGGACAUGGAGAGUGCCGCAGUGGCUUUCAUCUGCCUCCAGCAGAGGACACCGUUCAUUGUUGUCCAGUCACUCUCCGACCUCGCCGCCAGCAGCUCUUCCCUCUUGAAUGAAGCCAACACUUACUCCACUUUUGCGGCUCAAAAUGCCAUUUCCACCACGAUCAAAUUCAUCCAACUGUUGUCCGGCUAG